AUGCCAAAGAUUACAUCUAAAAGAUUAGAUCCUAGCAAUCCUAAUGAGUCUUUAGUUGAACAACAAGUUCAUGGUGUUGAAAUUAAUGAAGAAAAAGAAACAGAUGAAGAAAUUGAAGUAAUAUCAAAUAAACAUUUAAAAGAAAUAAAAUCUUGGAUAGAUAGUACUAAACAUUAUAGUUUAUCAGGA